AUGCGCACUCUUUCCCGCGAAUACGGAUGGGCUGCACUAGGAAUCUACUUCUUUCUGUCUGCACUGGACUUCCCGUUCUGCUUUGCAGCUGUGCGUUUAAUGGGCGUUGAUCGUAUUGGCCACUAUGAACAUAUCGUUGUUGGCUCCGUGAAGAACGCCAUCUCGAAAAUAUGGCCGAGCACAGAAAAGGAUGCGCGUCCUCAUACCGAAGAAGACGACGAGAUAGGCAUUGCCGAUGAUCUUGAAGAAGCACAAAAGGCAAAUAAGGGAGAAGCAAGCAUAUGGACACAACUUGCGCUCGCAUACGCCAUACAUAAGAGCUUCAUCUUUAUUCGAGUCCCACUUACCGUAGCCGUGACGCCAAAGAUAGUCAAAAAGCUACGGAGCUGGGGCUGGAAUAUUGGUAAACGGAAGCCUAAUUGA